UCCCUCUCUCCUUCCCUCCUCCGGUUUCCUAUCACUGUAUAUACAACGGUCUGUGCCUAUGGAUGUCUCCGCAGUGACUGUCCAGCUGCGGAGCGGUGUGGAGAGGAGACGGGAGCGCACGCGAGUGGAAAACAACAAACAGAACCGUACCCAUCCGAGGGACUUUACGAACUGAGAUAGGUUUACUCAAACUGCAGCUGAAUGCGAAGACUGGUGCGAAGGAUAGAGAAAUAUGGAGCCACGGCGCUGUUCGCUAUCCGUACGAGGAGCUAUGUUUUUCCUCUCGUUAACUUCGCUGUUGGGGCAUGGGAGCGCCGGGAUCCCCAUGCUGUACCCCCUCAGUGCUCUGUGUAAGUUCUGUGAUGUGGAGCCGUCGUCCUGUACUGGGACUGGGACCUGUAUGACCAACUGUUCCAUCACCUCCAUCUGUGCACAGAAGUCGGAGGUCUGUGUCACCAUAUGGAGGAAGAAUGAAACCAGUUACUCCAUUGAGACGCUGUGCCAUGAUCCCGCCAGGCCUCUGUACGGAGUGAUGCUGGAUGACUACAACAGCUCCACGUGUGUGAUGAAGGAGAAGAACACCACCAGUGGGUCAGCCCAUUUCUGCUCCUGCUCUGACGAUGAGUGCAACGACAAGGUCUUAUUCCCAUCCAUUGUUGGCCCGACCGAUGAUUCCCAGGAUAACCAGUUCCUGUCUGUGAUCCUGGUCAGCCUGCUGCCUCUGCUCCUGGUGGGACUGGUGGUACUGGGCAUGUUCUACUGGUACAGAGUGUCCCGGCAGCGCCUGAGCCCGGAGUGGGACAGUGGGGUGAAGAAGAGGAAGGUGGGGGGACUGGACUGCAGUGAGAGCUGUGCAAUCAUGAUGGACAAUGGAUCAGACAGCAGCUCAACACAUGCUAACAACCUCAACCAUAACACAGAGCCCCUGCCCAUAGAGCUGGACCUGCUGGUGGGUAAAGGUCGCUUUGCUCAGGUCUACAAGGCCAAACUGAAGCAGAGCACGUCAGAUCAAUUUGAGACGGUCGCGGUUAAGAUCUUCCCGUACGAAGAAUAUGCCUCCUGGAAAACUGAGAAGGACAUAUUCUCUGACACAGACCUCAGACAUGAAAAUGUGCUGCACUUUCUCACUGCUGAGGAGAGGAAGGUCGAUCGACAAUACUGGCUCAUCACGGCCUUUCACCCCAGAGGAAAUCUACAGGAGUAUCUGACGCGUCAUGUGAUCAGCUAUGAGGACCUGCAGGUGCUGAGCAGCUCUUUGGCCCGAGGAGUGGCUCACCUUCACAGUGACCACCUGCCCUGUGGACGGCCUAAGGUACCAAUUGUGCACAGAGAUCUGAAGAGCUCCAACAUCCUGGUUAAGAAUGACCUGUCAUGUUGUCUGUGCGACUUUGGUCUGGCUCUCAGACUGGACAGCUGUUUGUCAGUGGAUGAUCUCGCCAACAGUGGGCAGGUAGGCACAGCGCGGUACAUGGCCCCUGAGGUUCUGGAGGCACGUCUCAACCUGGAGAACAUGGAGUCCUUCAAACAGACCGAUAUUUACUCCAUGGCUCUGGUUCUUUGGGAGAUGACGUCCCGCUGUGAGGCUGUAGGAGAGGUGAAGGAGUAUGAGCCUGCAUAUGGCUCUAAGGUCCGAGAGCACCCCUGUGUGGAGAGCAUGAAGGACAAUGUGCUAAGGGACAGAGGACGACCUGAGAUACCAGACUCAUGGCUCCGGCACCAGGGUGUCGCUGUGAUCUGUACAACCAUAAAGGAGUGCUGGGACCACGACCCAGAAGCCCGCCUCACCGCUCACUGUGUAGCUGAGCGCAUCUACGAGCUGGAGGACCAAGUGGACAAGAUCUCCUCACGCAGCUCCUCCAACGAGAAGAUCCCUGAACAGGAGCUCAAACUGCCCAUAGAGGUGGACAUCCCAGGAGAGACCAAGAUUAUCGAGCUACAAGACAUCAUCGCUGUGGACUGCUCUGUCUCCGAUGAGAAGCAAUAAGCCCCAAUGACAUAAAAAACACUGCAAAAAGGGAUCUACUACAUGAGUUGACUUUAAUUAAAUAUUUGGAGUUUGGAGUAGUUGAAAUAUAACGGUGCAAUAUGUAACUUUUCUGGAGGAGGAUACCCCACCUUCAUGUCUUCAUAGAGAUAUUAUUGCUUUGCCUGCUUGUAAUAAAAUGUUCUCUGUUACAGGUGAGGCCUGGUGAGAAAAAGCAAUUAAAGUCAUUUAAUACAUGUAAAAUGGUUAAGUUUAAUGCCAUUCUGUGGAAAAUUCUAGGCAAUGCAAUGUCAUUUCCAUGGAGACAAGUUGGUGGCGGAACCAUCACCAAAAAGUUGCAUAGUGCACCUUUAAAUAUAGAUUAAGCUAAAACUGAACAAAAUGUUUUUCAGAAAGAAACUGUCAGUGCAGUAAGGCGUUAUGUCUCUUAUUUCUAGUGCGAUUAUCUUACUCCACUGGCAGAUGCAUUUCUUUAGGCUUAGAUUUUGGCUUAAUCUGAACCUAAUAUGUAAAUAUAUAUACAUACUAGACCAAACUACUUCAAGUCUAAAUAUUGUUAUUUGAGUGGACUUAACAAAUGUAGGUCGCACCUUUAUGCAGUGUGGGCACUUAUGGAUGGACUUGUGGUGACGAGGAGUUGAUCUCCAGGACAAUGAAUGAGCCACCAUGUUUUUGGGACUGCUUUAUUCUGCAGGCACAAACUCAGAGAGCUUACAAGCCAAAGAAAACUGGAAGCUUCCAAAGAAACAGUGUUUGAAAUAGGUCAAUACUAAAGCUAUCAUGUGUUUUUGCUUUAUUUGUCUCUAAACUGUUUUAUUGGUAUAAUUUAAAAGUGCAGUAUACAUAUCAAGUUUACUGAUUGUUUUAAGAUUUUGGCAUGCAUCGUGAUAAUGUGAGGUAGGAGCUAGCCCUGCAUUUUCAUAAGGUAUUUCCAUAAUAUUUCCAUAUUACUGGAAUUGAUGACUGGUCAGGCUUUGUCAGGGUGUGUAGCAGCAUAGGAUACCUUAUAUCAUCAUCAGGACAAGUAUUGAACCAAAGACAGCCGUGUGCACUUUACCUGCACCUUACACGUGUUAUUUAAAUGUUCUUAUGCUAUUAUCAGAAAAAGUGCCUUGCCUUUUUGUGCCUAACUGUGAGCCAAACCUCCCGCUGUCUGUUGCAGUAUAACUAAGUGGCCUCUUUAAGUGAAUGUGUUGAAUGUUUUAUGUUUUAAAGCAGUUGUUUGCCAGACAAACAAGCACAGUGUACAGAUGUACAAAUCAAAAGGGAAAUCGAUUCCUUCCACUUAUUGUAUGAAUGCAAAUAUUGAAAGCUUUAUAAAAA